AUGAUCGCUCAAAGCACCAGAUUAGCCGCCGCUGCCACUUCUUCAGCCACCUCGGCCGCUGUUUCAAGAAUAGCCGCCGGCGCCAUGGCCAGUGCCAUUUUCAAAAGAUCUCCGGGGAACUCGUUUACUUCGUUCAAAGAAUACAGGGAAAACGCCAAAACAUACGGGCCCUUGAGUGCCUCACUGGCUACCAGAAGACACUUGGCUCACGUUCCUAAGUUGUAG